CCCCGGCAGCCGCCCCCACGGCCGCCCCCGGCGUGGUGCCCGGCAGCCCCUCGCCCCAGGUCGGCCCCAGCGCGGCGGGGUUCGGCAGUACCCCGUGCCUUGGCCGGGCCCGCUGCCCUUCCCCACCGCCCGCUGCCGGCGCCGCUGGGAGAGAUGGCUCUGCGCGGCCAGAGUCUGGCAGAACUAGAAGUGCUGUGUAACCACCUAUAUGAAGGAACUGAUCUAGCACAGCGAAUGCAAGCUGAGAAAGUAGUCUUAGAGCUCAUUGACAGCCCAGGGUGUCUUAGCCAAUGCCAGCUUCUGUUAGAACAAGGAACAACAUCCUAUGCUCAGCUUCUAGCAGCAACAUGCCUCUCUAAGCUUGUAAGCAGGGCAUCUCCAUUACCUGUUGAACAAAGGAUUGACAUUCGAAAUUACAUUCUGAACUAUGUAGCAUCUCAACCCAAACUGGCUCCUUUUGUCAUCCAAGCCCUUGUUCAAGUCAUUGCUAAAAUUACAAAAUUAGGAUGGUUUGAAGUACUAAAAGAUCAGCUCAUCUUCAGAGACAUUAUUGCUGAUGUAAAAAAAUUUUUGCAGGGCACUGUGGACCAUUAUAUAAUAGGAGUAAUGAUUCUCUCGGAACUGACUCAGGAAAUGAAUCUAGUUGAUUAUUCAAGACAUUCAGCAAAACAUCGUAAAAUUGCUACCUCAUUCCGUGACACCUCUCUAAAGGACAUACUGAUGCUUGCGUGCUCACUUUUGAAGGAGCUCUUGGCAAAACCUUUAAUCCUUCAGGACCAACGGCAACAAAGUCUAGCAAUGCAACUUUUGAAGCUUGUACUAAACUGUCUUAAUUUUGAUUUUAUUGGAAAUUCAGCUGAUGAAUCUGCAGAUGACCUAUGCACUGUGCAGAUUCCAACAAACUGGAGAACAAUCUUCCUGGAGCCAGAGACCUUGGACCUGUUUUUUGAUUUGUAUCAUUCUCUUCCACCUAUGGUGUCUCAGUUAGCACUUUCUUGUUUAGUGCAGUUUGCUUCUACAAGGAGAUCUUUAUUCAGCAAUCCAGAACGUGCCAGAUAUCUUGGUAAUCUGAUCAAAGGAGUGAAACACAUCCUGGAAAAUCCACAGGGUUUAUCUGAUCCGGGUAAUUACCAUGAAUUCUGUCGGUGUUUGGCUCGGCUAAAGACCAACUAUCAGCUGGGAGAGCUAGUAAUGGUGAAAGAUUACCCCCAAAUCAUCCAACUUAUAGCAAAUUUCACUAUUACUAGCCUACAGCACUGGGAGUUUGCUCCAAAUAGUGUUCAUUAUUUGCUAACUCUGUGGCAAAGAAUGGUAGCAUCUGUUCCUUUUGUGAAAACAGCAGAACCCCACCUCUUAGAAACAUAUGCACCCGAGGUAACAAAAGCUUAUAUUGCUUCUAGACUGGAAUGUGUUCCUGUAGUUAUAAGAGAUGGCUUAGAAGAUCCACUGGAUGAUACAGCUACAGUAUUCCAACAGCUGGAGCAACUGUGCACAGUGAGCAGGUGUGAAUACGAAAAGACCUGUACGUUUCUUGUACAGUUGUUUGACCAAAAUGCACAAAACUACCAAAAACUAUUGCACUCUUCUAGUAGGAAUUCAUUAGAAAUCACAAUUCAGGAAGGACGUCUGGCAUGGCUUGUCUAUUUUGUGGGUGCUUUUGUGGGAGGCCGAUUAACAUACACUAGUACUGAUGAACAUGAUGCUAUGGAUGGAGAGCUGUCCUGUCGAGUUUUUCAGCUCAUAUCUUUGAUGGAUGCCCAGUUACCACAGUCCAGUAACGAAAAAGUAGAACUGGCAGUUCUGUGGUUCUUGGAUCAGUUCCGUAAAACAUAUGUGGGAGACCAGCUUCAGCACAACUCAAAGGUGUAUGCCCGAAUGUCAGAAGUCUUAGGAAUAACAGACGACAACCAUGUUCUGGAAACAUUUAUGACAAAAGUUGUGACAAAUCUUAAAUACUGGGGAAGAUGUGAGCCUGUGAUUUCAAGAACUCUUCAGUUCCUAAAUGACCUUUCUGUUGGCUAUAGUCUCCUGAAAAAGCUUGUGAAGAUAGAGGCUGUGAAAUUCAUGCUUCAGAAUCACACAAGUAAGCACUUUCCUUUCUUGGGCAUCAGUGAGAAUUCCAGCCUCAGUGAUCUCAGGUGCCGGACAGUGUUCUACACUACUCUCACUCGUCUUCUUAUGGUAGAUUUAGGUGAAGAUGAGGAAGAGUUUGAGAAUUUCAUGCUUCCUCUCACAGUUUCAUUUGAAAGUGUGACUCAGAUCUUCAACAGUAGUUUUGUACAAGAAGAAGCAAAGCGUAUGUUGAUCGGGCUGGCAAGGGAUCUUCGAGGGAUUGCCUUUGCACUAAACACAAAGACCAGCUACACCAUGCUGUUUGACUGGAUAUACCCCACAUAUAUUUCUGUUCUGCAAAGAGGUAUUGAGCUGUGGUACCGUGAGCCUGCGUGCACAACCCCCAUCUUGAAGCUGAUGGCAGAAUUCAUGCAAAACAGAUCACAACGUUUAAAUUUUGAUGUAUCAUCUCCAAACGGAAUUCUUCUCUUCAGAGAAGCUAGUAAAAUGAUUUGUACGUAUGGUAAUCAGAUCCUCUCUCUUGGGACUUUGUCAAAAGAUCAGGUUUAUCCGUUGAAACUCAAGGGCAUUUCCAUCUGUUACUCUGCACUCAAAUCUGCCUUAUGUGGAAAUUAUGUCAGCUUUGGCGUCUUCAAGUUGUACGGGGACAACCACUUUGACAGUGUACUUCAGGCCUUUGUCAAAAUGCUGCUUUCAGUAUCCCACAGUGACUUGCUACAAUAUCGAAAAUUAAGCCAGUCUUACUACCCACUUUUGGAGUGCCUGACCCAAGAUCAUAUGAGUUUCAUUACCAGCUUAGAACCUCGCAUCCUAAUCUAUAUUCUUACCUCAAUAUCUGAAGGACUGACUGCAUUAGAAUUCUCUUGUCAUAUUGCUGAGACCAAAAGACAUCCUCAAGUUGUUUGGAGGUUUUGUUGGCUUUUUAAAAGUAAUGCAGCCUAUUCUAACACACACGAUCAACUUCCAGUUACUUGAGCUGGUGGCUAAUUGGAAUCACCUACAUAAGUUGGCGAUGGCAUCCUGAGGAACCAGCAGUUUAAACCCGUGGCUCUGGCCAGGUUUACAGAAGGGAGCUGGGAGCAGCACGGCUGUCAGUGUUGAAGUCGCAGGCCCCCCAGACUUGGGUGCAAGGAGUAUCUCAGGCAUCAGGCCAGGGGAAAGAGUGCACCGCUGGUCUGCAGAGGAAGUGGAGUGUGAGUGAGGACCAAGGACCAGAACACAGUUAUCAUCAUCAUGCUGCACGAAGCGAGACGAAUGCUCUUUCACAGCAACAGCACAGCAGGCAACACCUACCAGCAAAUAACUUACAUAAAUCAGACAGACCUAUUUACUCUGCAAAUAGGUUUAAGCUUUUAAUCUCUCUUACUUACAGAAACAGUAAGUAAAGAUAUGAAGUGGCUUUUGCUUCUGCUUUUCAACAGUAUCCUCCUUUUCUGUCAUGACUUUCUGUUUCGGGGACAUUUACAAAGUAUUUGGGUAGUGACUGUUGUGUUGUUGCCAGCCAUAUUAAAUGUACUCUAACCUAUUUGAAUGAUAAGUUUUUAAGCAAGAUGACUAAUUAGCUGUUCUGUGAUCCCCCUUUACUAUCUUUAAUGGCCCUUGUUCAUUGUUUGCCACCUGACAUUGAUUGGAACCUAUUUGGGGCAGAGAAACAUCGUGAAAUACUACUUGAGAAAAACACGGACGGUAGCUCUACUUGACUUAACCUCGCCUUUUCAGCAAGCAAGUCAAACCAGAAUUCCAGAAUUAUAGUUUCCAAGAAUCCAAAUGGGAAACUAAACACCAGUAAAGCAUCAGCCCUCAUCCUGCACUCCCCAGGACGCAGAGGGGCAGCUGCAUUGUACAGUUGUGAAUGAAGCUUACUGGAGUUCACAGGAUCUUUGGUACAUGGAGCUACCCAGUUCCUCAAAAGCAAAGGUUUAAUACCGCUGUGUGUUAAUAAAAGCAGUCUUCAAAACUAGUCAGCUCACUUGUCAAAAAUAGACUUGUUGAUGUAUCGAUUAGCCUAAUGUCAGAGAUUAUUAAAGUUGAGCUCUCCAAGUACUAUAAAAUGUCAUUACUAAUUAUUCUUGUAUGGAAAAAAUUUCAAAAACUCUUUCAUUC